GCUGCGGGGCGGGCGGUCGCCAGUGCCGGCCGGCCUGGGCAGCAGGAUGGGCGGCGGGGGCGCUGUGACGGCCGAGCCGCAGGAGCCCGAGCUCUUGGAGCCGGCGCUACAGGCUCCGGAGGAGGAGUCCCUGCAGCUGAGCGGCCGCCCGGAGGAGGAGGCGGCAGCGGCGGCGGCAGUGGACCCGGCCGCUUCGCAGAUCGCAGCUGGCGGUUGCUGCCUUUUCGCGGUCCCAAACGAAAACCCCGAAGCUAAGAAGAAAGUUACCUGCCCUGGACUUGGCUUGUUUUAUACAUUAUUGUCUGCCUUCUUUUUCUCAGUGGCCUCUUUGUUAGUAAAAAAAAUACAAGAUAUCCAUUCUGCAGAAAUUAGUGCAUUUCGAUGUGUGUUCCAAAUGUUAUUUGUUCUUCCUUCCUUAAUAUAUGAAAAAACGGGGUUUUUGGGACCAAAAGGCAAACGAAUUUUCCUUGUCCUCAGGGGAAUCUUUGGUUCCACAGCAAUGAUCCUUCUCUACUAUGCUUUCCAGUUAAUGCCCAUCGCUGAUGCCACUGUUAUCACAUUUACUACUCCAGUUUUCACUUCACUAUUUGCUUGGAUAUAUCUCAAGGAAAAAUACAGUGUUUGGGAUCUUUUCUUCACUAUCUUUGCAAUUGCUGGUGUGAUACUUAUUGCAAGACCUCCUUUUUUGUUUGGCUACAGCACAGCAGGGCUGGAAGAAAAUCAUUCCUAUCACCUCAGAGGAGCAUUAGCAGCUAUAUGUGGUGCAAUGUUUGCUGCUCUGACUCUUGUUAUACUAAGAAAGGUGGGAAAAUCUGUGCACCAUCUGCUGAGUAUUUGGUAUUAUGUAGUGAUUGGACUAUUAGAAUCUAUCAUUGUACUCAUUGUAGUGGGCGACUGGCGUCUACCUCAUUGUGGUAUAGAUAGGCUGUUUUUGCUACUAAUAGGACUUUUUGGAUUGGGGGGGCAGAUAUUUCUCACUAAAGCACUUCAGGUAGAAAAAGCAGGGCCUGUGGCCAUAAUGAGAACGAUGGAUAUAGUCUUUGCUUUCCUACUUCAGAUUAUUUUCCUUAAUAAAAUACCAACUUGGUGGACAGUGAGUGGUGCCCUUUGUGUGGUAGCUAGCAGCUCUGGAGCUGCCAUUCACAAAUGGUACCAGAAUUCUCAAGUAAGACAUCAGUGCUAAGAUAAACUUGUCAGGUAGAACUUCAUCCCAAUAACACAGAAAAUUUUAAGUGUAUUUUUAUUAACUGGUCAUAUAGUUUUUGAGUUUAAUAACAGAAGUAUAAUUUUUGAAAACAGCAUAUGUGCUUUUAGUAGUUUUAAAUAACUUGGCUAGUUUGCUCUCCCUGAUAUUAUGAAUUUUAUCAAAAGAAAAAAAUUUGAUUCAAGUUUUUUUUUGCAUGACUGGAACAAAAAAAGUACAUGUAUAAUGCUUUUAAAAAAAAAGAAAUGUAUUGUCUUUAUUGUGAGCACCUGAGUAGGAGAGGUAAUUAAGGAUAUUUUGAGCAACAUGAGGGCCAAAUUAGCAUUAUAUUAAUUAAGUGAAUAAAUAUUUGCAUUUAUAAAUUUUAGCAUAGCAAACAGAAACUUUAAAUAGAAGUCUCAAUUUUUUUAAAUAGUGCAAAUCCAUUUUUUUUAGACCAAAGCCUAGAUCUAUAAAGUGCCUUUCCAUGCUAAUACUAGAAUUUGACAGGCAAAAGCUUCACAUUUUUUUAAAAGGCAAAAAAUCCUUCAGUCAAAUUUGGCCAAAUGUUUAAGUAGCCACAUUAAUUACACCUACAGCCUACAAUUUUAAUUUUUCUAUGUCAUUAUGUAUAACUGCAUUCAAAUUUUGAUGUUUAUGGUCUCUCAGUUUUUCAAAUCAUAAAGGGGCAAAAUGUGGAAUAUUUUAGCUACAUUUACUUGGCUUCCUCCCAAGAAAAGGUAGUUUUCUAUAAAUCUGUUCUAGAUAUUUAAAGCAAUACCAAGUGGAAAUCUCUCAGGAUUCUAGGUAACUUUUUAAAAUCAUUUUUUAUAAUAAUCUCUAAACCAAAAACAUGGCUUAAAGAACUUUGGUGUACUUUUAAAGCCAACUUUUCUAAGCAACAUUAGUCAUCUUAAUUUGUGAGAGUAGACUUUUUUUCCAAUGGAAUUGGAAUGUGGUUCCUUAUUUUUUUAAUGUCAAAACUUGUCAUUAUCUUCAUGACAGCUUGAAUGGAAAAAAUAUUUCACUGCACAUAAAAAUGAUGGAUAAAAUAAUUGCUGGUAUAUUACUGUAUGUUGUAUGUGUAUUAAGUCCAUUUACAUUAAAUGGCAAUGGCGUUUUUAAUAAAACAUUUCAUAUGUAGCAUUCUGUCAAGCCAGAAUUUACCAUGCCUUCAAGUGGAAGAAACUGUAAUAUCCAGAAGACCAUUUGGUAGUUUACUUGUUAAGUAACUUAGUGUGAGAUGAUUGGAUUUGAAAGAUCUGGUUUUCAAUUCUGGCUUUUGCUGCUCAUAAUUUUUGAGCCCUGGCUAGGUCACUUACCACUGGGCUUUCCGUUUCCUCCCAUGUAGAAAUUCUGGCUCUAAAUCUUACAAAAGUAGUGUGACCUCUGUGUUGGUCCUAAGCACCUCUCUAAUGAGUAUAUGAUGACAUUUAACUCCCUCACUAGCCCAAGCUGACUUUCCUGUUGGCGUAACCCUUGAGCCUCUGAGUUGGAACAAUGCAACUUCUUUUCCAUUUUCUGGUCAUUUAUUCUGAAGGUGCAGGGAUUUGAGGUCCCAUGCCUUUAUGAGAUUGUAUUUUCCUUUCUGGAAAUAAUCAUGAGAAUGCAUUUUUUUUUCUCUCAGUCCUUCCUGACUGAAGAAUUGCACAUGAAGAUUAAACAGAGAUUAAUUUUUGCCUGUAUAACUAACUUGGCCCAUACGUGGUA